AUGGCCGACGUCGCUCAGAAGAAACAACCAAAGCAGCGAAAGAGUUUCCAGAUAGAAACCCGCUUUGGAGGAGCAAGAGAGCUGAAGAGCCGCAAAGAUAGGCCGUGCGAUGCCUGUCGACAGAGAAAGACCGCAUGUGUCAUCGUAACAAAACCGCCAUGCCGCUUCUGUGAAAGCAAAUGCGUGACUUGCUCCUUUAUAUCAACGCCGAAACCACGCCGUCGGUCACCAGCUAAGGGUCAAGAGAAGGAUGCCGAACAUAGUGCCGCCUCUCCUCCUACCACUGUGUCGCCCAAUUCCAGAAGUCCAGCGCAGCACAGCGAAGCCUCAGUCUUCCAUUCACCACCGGACCACCUGAGCAUGAUAGGCAUAGGGGCCCUAAGCCCCGUAUCAAUGCUAAGUGUAUCAGAUCACGAACAGUACACCGCACCAACAACAAUUCCUGGAUACCCGGCCGCCGUAUUAAGUCACCAUCAUCCAUCGGCCAUCCCCGUCUCAGGACCAGGCUAUUACCAUGCCCAGGAAUAUUCAUACUUCGCCCACCCAACGCCGCCUUCGCAUCCAAUCUCGCCAGCAGCAGACAACCUCAACCACAUCACCGGCCACACGGCGCAUUUCAUGGGCAUGCCAGGGGAGCAGCAAGACAUGGGCCUGCUCUCCUCGUUCCGCUCUGCCAUCAUCAACCAAUCAAACCACCAUGCAAACAUCAACUUUAACCACAUCGACCCGACAGCUCCAACACAGUCUGUACCUCCGGCACAUUUCUCCGCGGCCAGCAACUGGUUCUCCGAACGAGACCACGAAGGGAAACCCCUGGCUCCACAAGCUUCGCACGCUUCGCACAUCAGCGGCGGCAUGGAAGGCAUAGUAGGCGGUCAAGCUCAAGCCAAUAGCCUGGUACGGCUAUACUUCGAGCACAUCCACCCUACCUUCCCCGUACUCUCCAAGGGCCGGUUCCUGAGAGAAUACAUGCAGGACAAACACAACAUCCCCCCCUCCCUUCGAGGCGCAGUAUACACUCUUGCAGCGCCCUUCUCCGCCACCCUGCCCGAAUCCCAACCUAUCAACCAGACAGUGUUAUCCGAACACGUCCACGCAAGCCUGAACAAAGAGCUAGAAUCCCCGCAACUACCAACUCUUCAGGCCUGUCUGCUUAUUCUGCACCAUCUCCAGCCCACGGAGCAGGGACCCGUACAGAGUUCCGGGGCUCUUGCGCUUUCCGCACAGGCGGUUUCAUGCGCUCAUGCACUCGGCUUACACCACGACGACAGUGCAUGGGAUAUACCGGUGUGGGAGAAGAAGCUUCGUAGGAAGUUGUGGUGGGCAACGUACUAUACCGACCGAUGGACGGCGGUAUGUCACGGUAGCCCGCCGCAUAUCCACAACAGCACCUUUGAUACCAGGGACGUUGAAAUUGAAGAUCUCGUGUAUGACGAGGAUAUGGCUGGCCAUGCGUCUUCGGUGUUAGUGAGAGAGGGAGAUCACCACAGUGCGGUCUCGUCGGCUGUGCGGUUCAUUGAGCGGAUAAAGGUGGCCAAGAUGCUGGAUACUGCGCUGGGAUGUCCGUCAUAG